AUUUCUAAUCGAUGUUGAUAUUCGGUGCUACUAUAUCUAACAUGCGAUCGAAUCGCCAAUUGAAUACCUCAUAAAAUGUACAUAUAUUAACCCUUACUAAAAUACGGUCAUCAAAUAAGACAGUAACACUCGUACCGGACUCUCGGGACAAAUUCACAGCGCAUCUUUCUUGUCACCGUAACCCCGAACAGCGAAUAUCCAUCACCCAUCAUCCCUGUCCAUACGGGGGUACCUUCCACUGCGUACAGUUGCUACAGUACCUAGUACCUACCCUCUCUGUCUCUUCCAUACCGAACAUCCACUAUCCUUGCAAGUUUCUUUCCUCAACUCUCCGCUAAUUAAUCUUCUACCUUGGAACUCGAACUUCCUACUGAACAAAGCUCCGACUCUCAUCUCACCCCAUUUUCACUCAUGUCCUAAUUCUAAUCCAUCCUCCCCUUUAGGUAUCUAGUUAUGAUCCUAAAUUGUGUUACUAGUACCAAUAACCCCAAUCACCUCUCGAUACGUCUCCUAUCAUCGUAUGCAAUCCUCUUUUUAGCAUUAAUAUCACACUAGGUCGUCGGGGUAUAGCAUUAGGGGUAUAUGCGGUGAGGCAGGUCGGGAUCGAAGCGAACUGAGCCUCGCGAAGGCAAGAGAAAGGCGAGGUCAAGGGACGCGAUCAUGCCUGAGAAACCACUUACCGUCGCUACGUACGCGGCCGGCGCGAGUCUUGCCGCGAUUACUCUUUUCUACGUCUUCGCCCCCAACUUUUUCCUCGACGGCGACUCCAUUCCUAAGGGCAAGAAGGGCGUAGUCGUAGGUCUUUCGAAUCCUGCAAACGAUUGCUUCAUCAACUCCGUCCUUCAAGCCCUCGCCGGCCUAACCGACCUCCGAAUUUACCUAAUCCGAGAAAACCACCGAAGACAUAUAGACGAGCCAUGGGUCUACCAAGAAGUAGUGCAACAUCACGCAUAUAGAAACUCUCCUGAAUGGAAAACGCAAGGUCUACAAGCGGGUCUCGUCACCCAGGGUCUUAAGAAUAUCCUUGACAGCCUUAAUGAACGACCUAUUUAUAGGAAAACCAUCUCUGCUGCCCCUUUUAUCAGGGUCCUCGAGACUGCUUUCAAACAACGUAUUAGUAGACAGCAGCAAGAUGCGCAGGAAUUCCUACAGGUGGUAGCCGAAAGAUUAUGCGACGAAUAUCAUGCAGGGAGGAGAGCCCGACAAGCGGCUAGGAAAAAGAGUGCCGCCGUGGCAUCGGCUAAUAAGGCGGAACCCAUAGAUGGCGAUGCCGUUGAGGAACGUUUGGCAAGGUUGGCCACAGGCGAGGAUACCAGUACCAACACCACCGAAUCAAGCGAAGGGACGCCCGGAGCCGAGGUAGAAGACGAGGAGGGAUUUCCCAUGGAGGGCAAAUAUGAAAGUCAGAUCGAGUGUCAGACGUGCGGCUACAAAACGAGACCGACGGAGAGUACGUUCUGCACUUUAACCUUGAACGUGCCGCAGUCAAAUUCGGCCUCGCUCAAUUCCUGCCUGGAUGGCUUCUUCAAGACCGAGUACGUGGACGAUUAUAAAUGCGAAAAAUGUCGUCUCGUUCAUGCGAGAGACAUAUUAGAGUUACGGAAAACGCAUUCCAACUCCGAAAGCUUCCAAGCUAGUGCGCAAGAGACAAUCGCGAAGCUUCAGUAUGCGAUCGACAAUAACCCUGAAAACCCUCCUCUAGACGUCGAAUUACCGCCGAUGCGUGACGCACCUACAUGCAAGAUUGCGAAACACACGCGACUUACAAGUUUCCCUAAGAUCAUGGCUAUCCAUCUUUCUAGGUCGAUAUAUAACAGCAUAUCACAGAAGAAUUCGGCCAAGGUCUCAUUUCCAGAGCAGCUACUAAUGGGUACUUUACUAAACCGCAAAAAGUACAAACUACUUGGUACGGUUACGCAUAAGGGCAGUCACCAUAGUGGGCACUAUGAAUCCUUCCGCCGACAAAAUGUAUCUCUCCCCUUCUCGACACCUAACGCCUUCCAGGCCUCUAUGGCCUUCACCAAAUCGGCUACGCCAAGUCCAGCUUCAACUCCUCGAGUUUCCGUGGCGCAAAAAUCAGGUGAACCCAGCCCUGUAGCCUCUACUCCCGAUCUAGCCACAUCCUCGCCGGGGACUUCCUCACCUAAUCAGUCAAUCGACGGUCUUCCUCGGCCAUCAACAGAUUCCAUACCGACUCCCCAAGCUUCGUCGUCUUCUAAUAGCCGAUCGACGUUUCGUCGCAGCCCCACCUCAUCCACGAAAGGUCGCGAGUCGGAUACUAUCAGCCUUAAGUCGGUUGCGGCGUCUGCUCGAUCAACUAUGUCUAGGAUAUCCAACUCGGCAAGAAAUAGCAGGCCCGGCAGCCCUUCCGGCAAAACACCUAUCGCGCCGUCCACAGCGAACGGGAAAACAAUAUCGCUAAAAACGAAAGCAGUCAAGCCAAAGCGCCAGAAGCAAAGUGACCGAUGGUGGAGGAUUAGCGACGAGAAGAUCAAGGAAGCCAAGACAAGCGAAGUUCUAGGGAUGCAAAGGGAGGUAUACCUGCUCUUUUACGAAUUGGACCGUGAGAGCCCGGCGGAAUCGUAGUGGGAUGUCCAUCGGCUCUUGGAGGACAUUACGCAGGCCGCCACCUACGAUCCGGAAAACGAUGAACGGGAAGAUCCUUAUCUCAAAUACCGGGCCGAACAGGGCGUCACGGGACGGGUCCAGGUCGCCUUCUUGAAGUUUGGGUCGUUACUAGGAAAAAUGGGUCGGAAACUGAAAAAGGAGAUUAUACAUCUAUGGAAGUUGUACAUGGGCUAUUACGUUA